UAUCUGUCUGUCUGUUCCUCACAAACAUAUAGGGUCAGAAGCGCUUCCACUAUUCACAAAGCAUGUGGGGGUAAAAACGCUCAGGCAGACACUAGCCAGUGGUUGAAUAUAGAUUUCACAGGUAGUUAAAUGAGGUAACCACAGAAAACCUUAGGAUUUGAUUAAAGAUGACAGUUACUUACUCGAGUAAAGUGGCCAACGCCACCUUCUUUGGUUUCCACCGACUGUUACUGAGGUGGAGAGGCAGCAUUUACAAACUGCUCUACCGUGAAUUUCUCGUUUUUGUUCUUCUUUACUCCAUCUUUAGCUUCAUCUACAGAUGGGUGCUUACAGAUCCUCAGAAGCGUUUCUUUGAAAAAUUGUCCAUAUACUGUGAUCGAUAUGCUGAACAGAUCCCUGUCACAUUUGUGCUUGGUUUCUACGUAACGCUGGUGGUGAACCGUUGGUGGAAUCAGUUUCAGAACCUGCCGUGGCCUGACCGGCUCAUGUUCCUCAUCUCGAGCUAUGUUCAGGGUCAGGACGAACAGGGACGACUGUUGCGGCGCACACUAAUGCGCUAUGUCAACCUCACCUCAUUGCUUAUCUUCCGCUCAGUCAGCACUGCCGUGUACAAGCGUUUCCCUACCAUUGACCACGUGGUGGAUGCAGGCUUCAUGACAAUCGAGGAGAGGAAGAUCUUUGAGAACCUCAAAUCACCGCACCUCAAAUACUGGAUCCCUGUGGUGUGGUUCACCAAUCUGGCCUCCAAGGCAAGGAAAGAGGGCCGAAUACAAGACAGCAUGGAUCUUCAGAUCAUUCUUACUGAGAUGAACAAAUUCAGGACCUGGUGCUCUACUUUGUUUGGAUACGACUGGGUUGGGAUCCCCUUGGUUUACACACAGGUUGUAACGUUGGCCGUCUACACAUUCUUCUCAGCCUGCAUUAUCGGCCGACAAUUUCUUGACCCUGCUCAGGGUUAUCCAGGACACGACCUUGACCUUUACGUGCCCAUCUUCACAUUACUGCAGUUCAUCUUCUAUUCUGGAUGGCUUAAGGUAGCAGAACAGCUCAUAAACCCAUUUGGGGAGGAUGAUGAUGAUUUCGAGGUCAACUGGUGCAUUGAUAGGAACCUCCAGGUGUCACUGAUGGCAGUGGAUGAGAUGCAUAUGAACAUUCCCCACAUGACUAAAGAUAUUUAUUGGAAUGACAGUGAUGUACGGCCACCGUAUACCCGUGCUGCCGCGGACUACUGCAUCCCAUCAUUCUUGGGCUCCACUACUGAUAUGAGUCUCUCUGAAAUAUUACAGAGCGAGGACAACAAUACCAACAACCCACGGGUGCAGGCCACAGUUCUGGGCCGCAUGCGUCGCUUGCUGAGCGUCCAGGAGCCCAUGGAUCUGCACAUGCGGCCAGCUUUCAAACGCCACAGCAGUGACAUCUCCAGCUUCUUACGGUUUAAUCCAGACCACAAUUUUCACGCCAGAGUGGAGGAAAACAUGCAGACUAACUCCAAGCAACAUUUUAACACACACUUUUUCCCUCUUUCCACUGUCAAAGAGGUGAACAGCACCUCACCUUCUCCUGAAACCUCGAUAAACACCCUUUGUCCCAACAAUAUACCUUCAGUAGUGAUUAGUGAACCCCAUCUAGGAGACUUCAGUGACAGUGGCAGUGUUGUACAGGAGCACACAGAACGUACACUAUCUGAGGAGUCUUCAUUAAAGUCAGCUGAGGUCCAGCAACAUUGUGACAAGCAUCUUGGAGAAGAGGUGAACAGAGCAGAAGGCAUUACAAACAGAGAAUACAGGAGGUUUGGCCGCUUUUCUCCAGCUAGUAAGAUGAAAAGGAAUCAACCGUCAUUUCAGCUGUCGAGACAGAACUCGGUGAGCUCCACAAACAGCUUUCCGAGCCCCAAAGAUGUCCUGAGCAGGAAAGAUCACUCUACAGAUCAAACUCUACAGUUUGAUUCCACACAUCCACAACAAACAUCUGAAACUGUAGACUCAAGCAGCCAAGAGAAAGAACCAAGAUGGCCGAAAGCUGCUCUUUGAGAAUUCAACCUGGAAUGUUUGAUCUAAACUCAGGUGACCCCAGCACUGGUCGUAACUCUGAUUCAGAUUUUCAUGUCCUUGGAGUCAGACACUUUUAGAUGAUAUACAGAAGUCAGUUAUCUUUACAGAAGUCCUGAUCGGCAAAGUGUGAAGAGAAUAUGUGUGUGACAGAGGAUUAAACAACAUUAAAAAGACUGACAUGAUUUAUAUAUAUUAUUUGUUGAUAACUUUAAUAUUGAAGGGUUAAAUGCAUUUUUGACAAAAAUCAAAUGCACUGAAAUGAGCUUUCCAGUCAUGUCCAGAUGUUCUGCUUUUAAAGUUUAUAUAAUAAAAAAAUCAUCAUAGUAAAUAUAUCUUGAAUACAGGCUAAUUUAACUAAUAAUUCUCUUUUGUAGGUUAUUUCUAAACAAACAGGCGAUUAAGACUAUUUCGAGAUUUUCUGUUUCUAGCAUGAAAUGUUCUUAUUCUUUUUGCUAAUUGUUUAAAAUGAGCAAGAAUGAUCAAUGAGCCAAUAGGAUGAAGCUGUUUCAAGCUUGAAAUUACUAAAUGUGUAGAAAUAGGUUUAAUAAUCUUAGAAUUUGGUUUAUCGUUAUAAUAGGAAAUACUAGAUAAAUCAGACUAUAUUAAUAUAUUUUCACUUGCCAAGAUGUCAUUUUUUGCAGUGUAUUUUAGAGUAGAGGAUACAAGUGUAAUUUUUCCCAGUACAUAACUUGUAGCCAAUGCUAAUUAGUUUGGGUGUUGGUUGUGUUGACAUUAGGGAUGUCACCAGAACCGAUACUUCGGUAAAAAGUCGGUACCAACAUUCUUA